GCACGCCCUGAACUGUCAUCGGAUGAAGCCUGCUCUCUUCAGUGUGCUCUGUGAGCUCAAGGAAAAGACAGUGUUAAGCAUCCGUGGCGUUCAGGAAGAGGACCCCCCGGACGCUCAGCUCAUGAGGCUAGAUAACAUGCUGCUGGCUGAGGGCGUCGCCCGGCCCGAGAGGAGGGGAAGAAGAGGAUCGGCGGUGGCCGGCACAGCGACACCAGGUGGCUGUCCAAAUGACAAUAGCAUUGAGCACUCUGACUACAGGGCCAAGCUGUCCCAGAUCCGACAGAUUUACCACUCUGAGCUAGAGAAAUAUGAACAGGCCUGUCGUGAGUUCACGACACACGUCACCAACCUCCUCCGGGAGCAGAGCAGGGUGCGACCUGUCUCCCCCAAGGAGAUGGAGCACAUGGUUGGCGUCAUCCACGGCAAAUUCAGGGCCAUUCAGAUGCAGCUGAAGCAGAGCACCUGCGAGGCCGUGAUGACCCUGCGCUCCCGCUUCCUGGACGCCAGGCGUAAGCGGCGGAAUUUCAGCAAGCAGGCCACGGAAGUGCUGAAUGAGUAUUUCUAUUCCCACUUGAGCAACCCUUACCCCAGUGAAGAAGCCAAGGAAGAGCUGGCCAGGAAGGGCGGCAUCACCGUCUCCCAGGUUCCAGCAGGUUCUUCUCGGAGACAGUACAGAGCAGACCUGCCAGCCCAGGGUGUCCGCAGUGACCCUGGAGAGCCUGUACAUGGAGGGGCGCCCGUGAUGCGUUCACCUGCGGCCACGGCAGCGCUUCCAGUGCCUUCCAUGUGCCCUCAGGUCUCCAACUGGUUUGGCAACAAAAGAAUCCGGUAUAAAAAGAACAUGGGGAAGUUUCAAGAGGAGGCUAACGUUUACGUGUCUAAAACGGCAGUGGACGCCACCAAAGUUGGGAGCCCUGGGCACCAAGCCAGUUGCCCCCUGACGCCCAGCUCUGGCUCCUCCAGCACCUUCUCGCUGACCUGUCCUGAGGACGCCUCUGUGAGCCUGCAGGCACUGGCCUCUGACCAGCCCUUCCAAAUGGGGCCCAGGUCCCAGUCUCAGCCCAGGGGCAGCUGGCGGGGGGCCACCCCCCCACUGUCCAUCACGUCACCCGCUGGGGACCUGGGAAGUGCCCACUCCGAUGCAUCCAGUUAAGUCUGGGGGACAGAAGGAGAGCGCCCGCGGCGGUCUGUCGCAGCCCCUCCUGGCACUGUCCCCACUCCAGGUGCAGCUGAUUGCCUCAAGCAGUCCAGAGUGCCAGCCUGCCCUCUGUCCUGUCAGCCUCGAGAAGCUGGCUUCCUUGCCCGAUUUUGUUCAUUUUUCUAAAAUAACAACUUUCUGGUAAGACAGUGAAUUGUUUGCUCUAGGCCUUUGUCACACGUAGCCCAUUAAAGUUUGACUGACUUUGA